AUUACCCUGGUUGUAAGGUUUUGUGGCGGCGAUCAUUGAUUUACAAUACAAAAACUUUCAGUCAUCAGCAACUCAAUUUAGAUGGGUAUUCCCGUCCUGAUGUUUUGUUUUGUUCGCACGUGUUCUGGAUAAGUAUCGCAUAUAAAAGAGAUAGACGCAAUUGGUUUCGUUUGCAGUACUAUCUCUGCUUCCGUGGGUGACAGUGGUAUACAAUCCAAGUGUUUUAAUAAUUCUUUAUUGUAUCCUGAAAUAAAUUGAUGUUUACAAUAAUCAAGUGAUAAUAUGUUUUAUUUGAUACUUAAAGAUGACAGAUGAAUAUGUACAUAAGUACUAUAUCGUUAGAUUUUUGGAAAAACCUUACGAUACUGUUGAUUUAGAAGUUUGUGUCCCGCAUGGAUGGAUGAAGUUUGAUAAAAGAGGCCAAAACCAUUCUGUAGCAUAUCCGGCCGAGUAUUCGCUGUUUACUAAACAACUUGUACAAGACAAUAGUUUGGCUCGAAGAGAUUGGCGUUAUUAUAAAGUUAAAGUGCAAUUUAGAAGUGAUUCCUUUAUGGAAGCAGAAAACUAUAUAAAAUCAAGGAAUAAUAAUGAACCUCAAAUAACUAAAUAUUCAAAUACAGAAGUUGAAAAUAAAUCAGCUACCAAAAGAAAAACUCUAAGUUCGUCUUUGGGUCCUGCAGCAAAGGUAUGUCGCACAAAGAUCCCGCAUGUGGGAAAUAAUAGAACGGAUCAGAAGGGAAGAAGUAGUAAACAACCAGUGCCGCCUAUUUCCAUGAAUGAACCAUUAAAAAAACAAAGGAAACUUAUUGAAAUAUACAAAUCAACAACCGAUGUUGAAAUGUCUACUGUUACAAAUAAUACUGUGGAACAAACAGUUUUAGAAAAAAGAGCAACGAAAGAAAGUUUUUUAAUUCAAGCCAUUCAGUCCGGUCAGCCAUUGACGAAUCACAAUGAAGGAAAUUUGCCAACAGUUGUAAACGACAUAAAUUACAAGAUAAAUGCAAUGAAUGAAAAACUAGAAUGCCUAAAUACAAGUAAAGCUAAAGCAGAAAAAAUGAAACCGAAAAGAAAGCAUAAUGAGCAUCAAAAUCCAGGAUUGUAUACCAAGUCUUCACAUUCGCAAUCUCAACAAGAUCCAAGUUCAGCUAAAUACAAGAUUCCUGAAGAAAAAGUCACCGUGACAAGUUAUUCAAAAGCGCCAAAUCCAUCGUCACUGGUACCCAGUAUCUCUCACAACAAUCCGUCUUCAAAGGUAAAUAGACCCAUUUUAUGCCAUAAUCAAAAUCAAGAAAAUGUGUCAGUUGCAAAAUCAAUACAUGCGUGUGAUAACGUUCAGCAAAGUUUUCCAAAACUUACUGUAGUAAAAACUCCAUCUGCAUUAUAUCGCUUGAAAAACAAGAUAGCUCAACAUGCUCAGUUAUCUAGUCAUACUCAUAGUAAUCGAUUCUUAACAAUAAAUAAAACAAAUUCGUCCCGAAAGCCUAGAGCACAAGAAAUACUUGAUAGAUCCAGUGAUGUAAACUCUCGAGAUCAAAGCGCGCAUUCAGAAAGUGCAACUCAUCAAGAGCUAUACAUACAAGAAACACUUAAUAGAUCUUCCGUAGAUAUACCUAUCGAACAAAGUCAUAUCUCCCAAAGCACAACCAGAAAUGGAAAUAUACCGGUAGACGUGAAAAUACCAAUCAACAGGACUCCGUCGUGUACUGAAGAGAAGCGUCAACUUUCAGAGAAAAUAUUAAAUAAAUCCGCAAAAAUUUUGUUCUCACCUAAUCAUGAAAACCAUACACUUGAAAAAGGGUCUCUAGAAAACUUGAAUAUAGAAAUAUCUAUAAAAAUUGGCGACAUUAAUGAAAACUCUAAACAUCUAAAUACUUCAUCUGCUGUGAAAAAUAAAUUAAGAUCAUUCAUACAUUCUACCUAUCCAUUGAAUGGUUCAUGUGGAAAAGAACGUUCAGGAGUCACUCAAGAUCCAUCUAUUAUAAAACCGCACGAUCAAGAAAGGCGUACUGGAAAACCUAGCCUAAAUCAUACUGAAAAGGGUAUUCAUUCUAAGAGUAAUACAGAAAAUGAAUCUUGUCCUGUACUAAGCGAUUUAGAUACAAAAAAAUCAUUUAAAAAACAACUUUGGCUAGCGUACCAACAUUUAAUUCAAGAGCAAUCUUUAUCAACCACUGAAGAUUUAGAUCUUAAAGUAUUCAAAGGAGAGACGGAUGAAAAGACUAGUAAAGAUCAUAAUGAGCGAACUUAUGCUCAAAAUGAAACCAAGCAUCAUCAUCAAUCCGAUAUUAAGUCCAAUUUAUUUAACAAAAAUACACUUGAUACUAUUAACAUGAUAAAACGACUGAAGACAAAUAAUGUCGAUGUAUCGAUAUCGGGUAUACCACAAAAACCUGAAGAAAACCCUACAAAUAACGAAAAUAAGAAUAUUAAUGUUGAAACUAAUUACAUUGCUGAUGGUAAAAAUAUUCAUGAUAACAGAAAAAAUAACGAUCGUGUUGAAAAUGAUAGCCAGAAUGAACUUCAAACACAAAAGGGUUGUUCAAAGUUUUCAUCAUCUCCCCUGCCUUAUCUUACUCCCGUAAGGUCGACGCACCAGAUUUUCGUCAUCCAAAGCAAAAGUUGUUCAAAGUGUUCGUUUGUUUUACCUCAGGAAUAUAACCCAAAUGAUUCCAGAUGGACCUUGAGAUAUCCAGCAAUUGUACCAGGAGUUGUUGAACUUAUAGCUGGUAGUAAUAUAUACGUAAAUGAGAGAAGUUUGAAUAGUUGUAAAAGAGUAGCAAAUACUUAUAGAACAUUAGGACGAUUGUUAUUAGUAGAAAUAUUCUCCCAAAACGCGCUAAGUGUAUGCACACUGAUUGGUCGUAAGAAAAAUACAUUAAAUACUUGCGAGUUGGAUGUCCGCCCUGGUUUAGAUGGAGAAGGAAUAAGAAUUUUGUUAAAAUAUUUAGAAAUUCAUGGAUUCAUAAAUGGUUGGGAGCCGUUUGAUCUUAAAUCUGUUGAAACUAGUUUACGCAAUAGACUUCUUGAAAUUCGAUGGAAAAAAACCGCUUAGCUAUUAUUGACCGACUUCCCAAAAGAAGGAGGUACUCAAUUCUUCUGUAUGUUUUUUUCAUUUUUUUUUAACUACUAUAGUUAAGUUUUAUAUUAUUAUUGUCUCUCUGGCUUUAUCCCACUAACGCGGGGUCGGCACAAUAGGUUUUAUAAGCAUUUAUUUUCCGGCUUCUGCUGCUACUGAAAUAGCAAAAUACAUGAAAACCACUUCUAAAAAUGAUUGAAUCUUGAAAAUAAAGCAUCGAGGGCUAAGGGGCUUAAGUACUUGACUUAUAAUCUGCAGGUCCUACGUUCGAAUCCUGCCAUGUACCAAUGUAUAUUUCAAUUUCCGAAUUUCAUAUGUAUAUAAUUUACCCGAUGUACUUACGGCGAAGGAAAACAUCUUGAUACAACCUCUAAAUAUCGGCGAUGAAAUUGAAAAGAUUUGUGAGAAGUCAACCCGCACUUGGCCCCCUUGGUAAAUGUUCUUGUCACCCCUUUUUUAUCACAAACCCCGGUGGCGAUGGCUGUGGACCUUUUCAAUAAUAGUUCAGGGUUUUAUGCGCGCGUAAAUGUCUUACAGGAUGGGGACUUAGUCACCUCAAACUUAAGGAAGGGUCCGAGCCCCUCAAUCGGGACGUAUAUUAUGGUGAUUGUGAUGAUGAGACUUCCAAAAAUACAAUAAACAUUGUAGCUUAGUUGUAGUUUACUUUUUGACCGACUGCCCAAAAGUAGGUGGUACUCAA